GGCGGGGCUGCUUGCCCAGAACGGAGGCAACGUCUCGGCAAACCAUGCAUUUCUGGUCACCGACGGUGCCUACAUCGCUAAAUAAUUUCUGAUAAAAGUGUUUUCUUCUUAAACAAUGAUGGGACUGUUUUUUGGAGAAUAUCUGGACGCUCAGGAUAUUUCCGCGGAACCCCUAUGACGGUUGCACGAGGGCUUGCCUAACAACAGUCGAUGAGAGCAGAUGAUCUUCACAUGUUGAUGGACAUUCAAUAUUCAGUAGCAGCUGUCACAAAGCUGACAAACAGGAGAAUUCCAAGCGAGGUGGUCCUCUCAGCCCAGACUUCAUAGCAGGGUCUCCGUGACGACCCAGACCCUGCGCUGAACCUGGCCGAAGUGGCUCUCUGGCCUUUACACACAUACACACACACAAACUCAUUCACAGAACAACACACACACGUACACAUAGUGCAACAGUCUAAGGCAAGACGGUGCAGGCUGCAGUGGCAAUGAGUGACCAGCAGGAGGAGCCGGAGGAGCUGUAUGUGGAGCACCAGUACAUGUGCAGCGAAUGCCAUCAGCUGUUCAACACGCUGGAGGAGGUGCUGCUGCACCAGCAGAGCCACACAGGCCCUGAGGAGGCUGAGGGAGGGGGUCCCGAGGAUGGGGACACCAGCUACCAGUGCCUGGAGUGUGGCGCCCUCCUCAGGAACCCAGAGGAACUGCUGCUGCACCAGGAGAUGCACAUGUCGGCAGGACUGGAGGCCGAGCACGAGGUGUGUGAGGUUCUGGAAGCGGGUGAGGGGGGUUCUGACCCGGAUGGGCCCAUCCAGUACCAGUGUCUGGAGUGCCUGCAGCUGUUCAACACCCCGGAGCUGUGGCUGCAGCACACACACACACACCAGAGCAACACACACAGCGCUCACUCCAACACGGAGUAUGUUGUGCAGGCUGAUGGUUCCGUUGCUCCGCUGGUCAAUGUGCAGAACUUGGUUCUUGACGAGCAACGAGCAGGAGAGAUCCUGGCCCAGGUCCUGGCCCAGCAGCAGCAGCAGACUGGUACCUCGUCUCGUGCCCUCCUGCCCCCAGUUGCCCCGUUGCCCGGUUCUGCCACUCUGCGGCUCCAGAUCUGCAGUGCCCAGGCACUUGCAGACGCACACACACACACUCAGGUGUUGGCUGAUGGCUCCACCCCUCUGCGUCGCGCCCGCCUGCUGCCUCCCCUUCUCACACCAACGGCCACGCCAACACUCACAGACACACACACACACACGGCCACACCCACGCCCUACGAGUGCUCUGAGUGUGCGCUGGAGUUCGCUACCCCUGAGGACUUCCUGGCACACCAGGGUGAGCACUUCCUGUGUCAGGAGAAGGAGAGUGGGGAUGGUGUGGUUGUCAUGGACACACCGGACAUGGAGCGGACACCAGUCAAUCAGGUGCGGGGGCCGGUGGCGCCGGCACGGCAGCCAGUCACUGGCCGCUCUGCCCCAGAGGGGGGCGUGGCCCUGCAGUGUGCAGAGUGUCAGCGCACGUUCACCUCGGCCAAUCGCCUGGCGGCGCAUGGGCGUGUGCAUCAGCAGGGGACGCACCAAUGCCCCGAAUGUGACAAGGUGUUCAAGAAAGCUGGCUCCCUGCACACACACCUGCGCACACACUCCGGGGAGGCGCGCUACCUUUGUGUCGACUGUGGACACGGCUUCACUACCGAGAUGACCCUCAUUAUACACAGAAAGUCCCACACGGCAGAACCUCUGCAUCGGUGUGAGUUUUGCUCCAAAACCUUCACCAACAUGACCAAGUUCCUCUACCACCGACGGACACACACUGCAAGAACCCCACUCACACCUGUCAGCACUCAGGUGUGUGUUCCCUCCCGAAGAUUAGGCCCCGCCCCCAGCUUGCGGGAGCGACUACUAGAGCGUCAGGGGGCGGGCCUUACACGGGUGGGCCAAUCAGAACGGCAGGUGACAGGCCUAACACAGGCGAGCCAAUCACAGUGUCAGGGGGCAGGCCUUACACAGGCGAGCCAAUCGCAGUGUCAGGGGGCGGGUCGACCACAGGUAGGCGGGUCGGAGGUGGGUCUGAUCGCUCCUUUGUCAGAAGCAGAGUUAGAGGCGGAGUCUUGUCGAGAAGCCGACGCCCCUGUUGAUGAUCGGCAUGGAGAUGUAACCAAAGAGAACGGCGUGGGUUCUGCAGCGCCCCCAACGGGUCAGAAUCAGGAGAGUGUUCUGGCGGUGCCGGCGGCAGAGUUGUCGUUCCCCUGCCCAACGUGCGGGAAGGCCUUCAGCACAGCGCUGCGUCUGGUGCGCCAUCGCCGGACAGUGCACGUGUCAGAGCGGCUCUUCCGCUGCGGCGUCUGCGCCAAGCCCUUCAAGAAGCAGAUCCACGUGCGGAACCACCUGCGCACGCACACCGGCGAGAGGCCUUUCCAGUGCAGCGACUGCGGCAAGACCUUCUCGUCGCUGGCCAACUUGUCUCGACACACCCUCACGCACACGGGCGAACGGCCGUACCGCUGCCCCGUAUGUCCGCGCGCGUUCAGUCAGUCGUCCAACCUGCGGCAGCACCAGUUGCUCCACGCCGAUGCGCCGCCCUGCCGCUGUCCCGACUGCCCCGCCACCUUCCGCCGGCCAGCCAAGCUGACCGCACACCGAUACACGCGGCACCAGGGCCCUGCCCCCUACCCCUGCCCACACUGCCCCCAGGGCUUCCUACGCAAGCGGCUGCGAGACCUGCACUGCCACAGCCAACACCCCACACUCACACACACGCCACAGCACAGCGCACUGAUUGGCCCAGCUGUCGUUCCUAAAGAGGGGGAGGAGCCAGAGACUCAGCAGGUCGACACCCACACAGAACCAGGCUCCGCCCCUAGAUCAGAUCAGGCCCGCCUCUCCCUGGAGGACAGCGUGCUGAUUGGUUCAGACUCCCGCCCCUCCUUGGAGGGCAGCGUGCUGAUUGGUUCAGACUCCCGCCCCUCCCUGGACUGCAACAUUUGCGGGAAGCGUUUAAACUCCGCCUCCAACCUGCGGCUGCACGUGCUCAGUCACACAGGGAUGGGGCCUGGGCGUGGUCACGUGUGCGGCGUGUGCGGUAAGUCAUUUGCGUCGGCGUCUGGCCUGACGCUCCACCGGCGCGUGCACACAGGCGAGCGGCCGUUUCCAUGCGGUGUGUGUGCCAAGCGCUUCCGUCAGAACACACACCUGCGUGAGCACCUGCGCACGCACUCGGGUGAGCGUCCGUUCCGCUGUGACACCUGCGGCAAGGGCUUCGUGCAGAGCAUGCACCUGGCAGAACACCGGCGCACGCACACAGGUGAGCGACCCCACGCCUGCCAGUGCGGAAAAGCUUUCAAGACCGUCUCCAACCUGCGCAACCACCAGAAGAUCCACACGAGGGCGCUGCAGCAGCAGGAGCGGCGGGCGGAGGAGGAUGGGCACGGGGACUCUGGGGAGGCAGGCGCCGCAGUGGCCGUGCUGGACAGCUCGGUGGAGCUGACCGCUGCAGUGCCAGCGCUCUGCCAGCAAGGGGCUCUGGGACAGCCUCAGCUCAUUCAGAUCCAGACUGCUGACCUCGCACAGGGGACUCCCACCAUCAUGUGUAAUGAGUUUGGCGAGGCCAUCGCCAUCAUCGAGACGAGUGAAGGAGCGGUGCUGCCUCUGGCCGAGGCUCUGGAGAUCUACCAGACGGCUCUGGAGUCCAGCCUCGGAGUGGACGCCAUCACCGUGGACAGCCUGCAGCUGCUCUAACACACACACACACAUGCUCUGGAGUCCAGCCUCGGAGUAGACAGCCUACAGCUGCUCUAACACACACACACACAGGGCCAGUUUAUGUUUGGGCCCCUGAAUGACUGAUGUUAGGCACUGGUGUCUGGUGUGUGUUUAAGAUGAAUUUGUAUGUGUAACAUUUUUACUCUUCAGAGUGCGGGAUUGGGUAUGACCUUAUUGUGUUGUCUUGUUUGUUUGUUUUUUUUGUUAAUAAAGACGGCCUCUGCAGUUUG